UAAGAAGCCAUAUUGGAUAAGACCGACAGAGUCGCAGCUACCGCUCUACUCAGGGAGCGAAUUAAAAAUAUAUUUUCCAGUUCAUACGGUCUCGUUAACAUCACAAUGGCUGCCACGGACUUAGAAAUACUAACCAGCGAAGGGAUGAGGAGUCUCAGUCUCGGCGGCCAUGUUGGCUUUGACAGCCUUCCUGACCAGCUGGUCAGCAAAUCAGUCUCGCAGGGAUUCUGCUUCAAUAUCCUCUGUGUAGGUGAGACUGGCAUUGGGAAGUCGACGUUAAUGAAUACUCUAUUCAACACCGUGUUUGAGAAUGAGGAGGCCAGUCAUUAUAUGGAACAGGUGGUCCUCCGUCCUAAAACGUAUGACCUCCAGGAGAGCAACGUCCACCUCAAACUGACCAUUGUGGACACUGUGGGUUUCGGAGAUCAAGUCAACAAGGAGGAAAGCUUUAAGCCCAUAGUGGACUACAUUGACACACAGUUUGAGAACUACCUCCAGGAGGAACUGAAAAUAAAGCGCUCCCUCUUCAACUACCAUGACACCAGAAUCCACGUCUGUUUGUAUUUUAUUGCCCCCACGGGACAUUCACUCAAGUCACUGGAUUUGGUCACCAUGAAAAAGCUGGACAGUAAGGUAAAUAUUAUCCCCAUCAUUGCGAAAGCUGACACAAUCUCCAAAAGUGAGCUUCACAAGUUCAAGAUCAAGGUGAUGAGCGAGUUAGUGAGCAACGGUGUCCAGAUCUAUCAGUUCCCCACAGAAGAUGAGGCUAUCUCAGAGAUCAACUCCUCCAUGAAUGCUCAUCUGCCCUUUGCGGUGGUGGGGAGCAGCGAGGAGGUGAAAGUGGGAAACAAAAUGGUGAGAGCCAGACAGUACCCAUGGGGAGCAGUUCAGGUGGAAAACGAGAGCCACUGUGAUUUUGUGCGUCUGCGGGAGAUGCUGAUCAGGGUGAACAUGGAGGACCUGCGGGAGCAGACGCACGCUCGCCACUACGAGCUCUACCGCCGCUGCAAGCUGGAGGAGAUGGGCUUCAAGGACACGGACCCCGACAACGAGCCCUUCAGUCUCCAGGAAACGUACGAAGCCAAGAGGAAGGAGUUCCUUGGCGAUCUGCAGCGCAAGGAGGAGGGAAUGAGACAGAUGUUUGUAAACAGGGUGAAGGAGACCGAGGCAGAGCUGAAGGAGAAGGAGCGAGAGCUGCACGACAGGUUUGAGCUGCUGAAGCGCACGCACCAGGAGGAGAAGAGGAGUGUGGAGGAGAAGAGGAGGGACCUGGAGGAGGACAUGAACUCCUUCAACCGCAGGAAGGUGGCGGCCGAGACGCUGCAGGGCCAGGCCUUCCAGGCCGCCUCACAGCUGUCAAUCAAGAAGGACAAGGACAAGAAGAAUUGAUUUCCAUCCUCACAGCAACCAAGAGCAUCCAGGGAUUUGUCUUCCAUCUCCAUAGCAACACAAGUGUGUGUGUGUGUGUGUGUGUGUGUGUGUGUGUGUGUGUGUGUGUGUGUGUGUGUGUGUGUGUGUGUGUGUGUGUGUGUGUGUGUGUGCGCGCACACGUGUCUAUUGCAUUGCAUUGCCUUUUUUUUUACCAUUCCGUCUUUGGAGAGCAGUGCUGUUACAAAUGCAUGCCAAGACUAGGUAUUCUCCAGCAGAUAGUGACGUGUCAAUCAACAUUCUCACCUCAUGUGAUUGGAGCAGGGGGAGGAUGGAGGAGGUGCUUCAGUCUGGCUGAUAUGUUUAUGUUUGUAGGCAUCUCUGAGAGCAUCAUAAUGUUAUCAUGUUCCAGUUUGCAUGAACUGAACACGUAGACUUAACAGGAUCCAAUGAGGCUUCUACCAUUCCACUUACGAUGUUAACAUGGCAUGAUGUGUCAAAUGUCUGUUGAUGAAAAUACAAGUAUGGAUGCAUACAAUGUGAACUUAUAAAGCUGAUGAUUAAUAUAAAAUAUGUUUGUAGUGUCUUACAAUGAAAACAAAGCCUUGAAGGGUUUGUUUUUUAAUAAUUUAAUCACGCUCCUUUUUAUCAUUCUAAAUAGUUUUAUACUUAACCAAAUAUACAUUUUGAUACGUUGAAUUUUAAGUGUGGGUGAACUUAAAAUUGGAGUUGACGACCUGUUUCCAGAGAGGACAGUAUAAUUAGGGCUCACUCAGAAGCCCACUCAGAACUAAGCAAUAGAAUCUCAUGUACUCCUCAUUUGUACUUCAAAUAAUAUU